AAGGCCAACGCCCCUACGAAAAAAAGCAUGUCUGGGAAGAUAGAAGACACUUGCUGUAGCAAAACAAAUCUCGACUUUCUUGAUUUUUGGAUGUCAUCGGUCUCUUCUUCACCUGUUUCAAAUACUAACCACCGGGAAACUCUGUUACCAGAAAUGUUACCUCCGGUGUUCUUGGUGUGUACGCAUGCUGACAAGCCCUACCGUACUGAUGUGGACCCUGGAGGUCUCGACAGCGAAAUAUAUAGCUUCCUAAAAGACGAAGCUUAUGGAAAACUUCUUAAAGGCCUUUUUGUGGUAGACAAUAGCAAGUCAGGGAGUGGUGAUGAAUGUCGAGGCGUAAUAAAACUAAGAGGAAAAGUGCUUUCUUUUGCCAAAAAGCUUCCACAAUUGAACGAAGCCAUUCUACUGAAGUGGUUGAAGUAUGAAAAUGUACUCCAUCUCUUGAGCAAGGAGGGCUAUAAUUGGGUACUCGUCGAGAAAGCAAGACAGAUUGGUACAGAAGAAUGUGGAAUUUGCGACGAUAAGCAAUUUCGAACUCUUUUAAACUCUUUACACGAUCAGAGAGUUUUGAUUCAUUUUACUGAAUCGCCAGAGUUGGAAAACGUUGUCAUUUUGACCCCGCAGUGGCUCAUAGACGUGUUCAAGAAAGUGAUCACCUUUAAAGGUUGGGAGGACGUGGAAGAUGACUUUAAAGAACUAUGGCGCAAUUUGGAGGAUCAUGGUAUCUUGGCUGAAAAGCUUUUAGAUCAUGCAUGGAAGCACUUGUUUGUUAACCAAGAAAACUGCAAAAGCCUCAUUGCGAUAAUGAAAAAAUUUAGCUUGCUCUGUGAAUGGCCAUCGGAGGUGAGCACCAAACAGUACCUUGUACCAUCCAUGCUGAGGUCACCGCCAACAAGUGACGUUCUUGAGCUACUUGCUUCUGCGCCAAUUCCCUCACUUUUUGUGAGGUUUGAAUCACGCAGAGUGCCACCAGGCCUUUUUUCACGACUUAUUGUGCUUUUUCAUGUGUGGGCCCAAAAAAGAUGGAAGAGCCCUAUUAAACCUCUGCUGUUCAAUAACCUUGCCUUGUUUCACAUCCGUCCUCAUAAUUCCACUUCACUCGUCUUACUGUGCCAUUUCUCGUCCAUCGAGAUAGUUUUGUGUGUUGGAGAUGGUGAAGCUCUUGCUGACCAAGCAGGCUUUAGCUGUGAAGUUGAUCUGAAUGUAAGCCGUGACAUUCGUCGACAAAUGAGGUUAUUUCUUGAAUGCAUGCGUAAAGAGUGCUCCUGGUUAGAACAUAUGAGAUACGAAAUGUGUGUCUCUUGUCCUGUAUGUUCUCUGCAGAAAUUGAGUUCCAAAUGCCGUGAUCAUUGUCUGCGUGGCUGCGAGUGUUUGCAUCUCUUGUCAGAAUUAGAGAUGCAAAACCUUCCAUUUUGUAAAAGACCUGUUGGUUGUGGGGUUCGCAGGAUUUGCAAAGAGAUGUUCGUACCUUGGUUUUCAUUUUCAGACGGGCAAGAAGGAAGGAUUUCUCUGACUAAGGUUUGUUGUCGCAUAUUCCAAAAAACGAGUGAUAAAGUAAUCAUUCACCCAAACUACAUACCAACUGUUAGGUUUUUUCAUAUUCCGUUCCAAAUUAUAGUUCACAAAUAUAUAAGCGAUUAGAUUAGAAGACUCAUCUUGACUUGUUUUCAACAGUAACAGUAACAUGCUGAUUCUUUUGCAGUCAGUUGCUUAAGCUGCAUGUACAACUCUGUCUGCAAAAAGCGAUAGCGUUUGCAGUACUGAAAAGAUGUUAAUCCUCAACGAACUCUCAAAUAUUUACGUAAAUGUGAAGACUGGCGUGCCUUAAAUCGCAUUUAAUCUUAAACUCUCAUUUAUUUCGUCACAGCAACAAGAUGCAAAUGGACGCAACCAAGGUGAACACCACGCAGUCUCUAGGAGAGGUACAUCCUUUAUUUUUUUUUUUUGUUUGGUAUAUCCUGCCAUCAUCACUAAUUCCUUUCAGUUGUCAUAAUUCGCCUUUUCCGGGUAUUUGAACAAGGAAAGUCCGUCAGGGGGAGCGGUUUUAAAAUUCGAGAGGCUCAGUUAUAACCUCCCCCUCUCUUCUCCUAUCCCCACCCCUUUCUUCUAAAACAUAGGCACGUUAAACGUGCAUGAGCUAUUUUGAAUGCUUCAGUGCAACUUUAAUGCUUCGGUGUAACCUUACGAAGAGUGAUGAAUCUACCUCUUUCAUCCUAAAUGUAGAUUGGUUUUUUGUGCGAAAUUGCGUAUUGCGGUACAUAAAUGAAAACGCGAAACGCUCAGCUGAGUCGAUCCUCAAGCUAUAUAUUCACUUUCCGCUGUCUUUCCCUGUUACAUCUGGUGCAAGUUAAACAAUUCAAAUCAUUAAAGUGAAAUAAAUUUCUACUCACCAAACGUUGAUUAGAAGGAAAACUCUAAGGUUUCCUCAGAGCUUCUUAAGCCAAAAUGUGACUCAUCGAAUACUGAAUAGUUACGAAAUACCAGGAUUUUUAUCAUUGUGGUAGAUGGUUGCAUCAUCAUAAUUCACGAGGUUUUCACGUGCGAUUCUACUCAGUGAAACAGUCUUUAACUCCGACAACUUAUUUGUUCAUGUUUUAAAAGCUAUUGCAUCUCAAAAGACAAGAGCCUUUUUUGAGGCGUUGGUUACCAAACGGAACAGGUCUUCAUACGUUCAAGUUACUAUUUAUCAUUGUGGAAAGCCAAUCUGCAUGAGAUGGACAGUCACACAGCUGGCACGUGAAAGUUUUGGACUUUGCCCCCUUCCUCGUUCGUACGUGAGGGAAUUCGAGUUAUCACACAGUAAACUAGUAAACAGAAUUAUAAAAAUAACUCACGCACACAAUUUGCACGUGAAGAUGUUGGUCUUUCGUCCUUUUACAAUUCGUACGCAAAAAAAGGCAAAUUGUUUACUACAAAAUUUUCUUAAACUAUUUUAAGAAAUCACCUCGGCUUCAUUAUAACAUCUGCAAUUAAAUUAUGUUUGAUGCAACGUCAAGGUUGAUAACCUAACAUUUAUUAACAUUUGUGAAACAGUCUUUAACUCCGACAAUUUAUUUCGUCAUGUUUUAAAAGCCAUUGCUUCUUAAAAGACAAGCGCCUUUUUUAAGGCAUUGGUUACUGAACGAAACAGGUCUUCGUACGUCCAAGUUACUAUUAUUAUUGUGAAAAGCCAAUCUGCAUGAGAUGUACAGUCACACAGCUGGCACGUGAAAGUGUUGGACUUUUCCCCCUUUCGUGGUUCGUACGUGAGGGAAUUCGAGUUAUCACACAGUAAUCUAGUAAACAGAAUUAUAAAAAUAACUCAUGCACACAAUUUGCAUGUGAAGAUGUUGGUCUUUGGCCCUUUCACAAUUCGUACGUAAAAAAGAGGCAAAUUGUUUUACUACAAAAUUUUCUCAAACGAUUUUAAGAAAUCACCUCGGCGGCUUUAUUACAACAUCUGCAAUUAAAUUAUGUUUCAUGCAACGUCAAGUUUGAUAGCCUAACAUUUAUUAACUUCCAAGAAAAUUAUCAAACUGCCGAAAUAUAUUUCUACUUAUAUCAUGUUACUCCAUUCAAUAUAACAGUACCUAAUUAUUGUGUCAACUAGCUUCUUCCAAUCUUAUUCCCUAACGCUACUGUUUCUACUGAAGUUACGCAUCUUUACUAAAUAGAACGAAAAAGGUCGGUUGAACUUUGUAAGCGAGAGAAUAAUAUUUUUAAAGCUUGUUUACAGGAUUAACAAUACUCGAUCCAACUUUCAAAAAAAUAAGCUGCCUUUUAAACUUUUAAAACCACAUUUUAUAGGGCGUAUACUUUCGAAUUAAAGUCUAUAUCUAAAUAUCAAUUAUUGCUUCAUUGGAAGAGAUUUGAUAAUAUAUGAUCUUUUAUACUCUACCCAGUUGUAGCAGGUGAAACAGAAUUCAUACUGACGUGCGUUGUACCGAUAUCCGAAUUAGGUCAGAAAUGCCUCGAAGCAGCAUCCAGACUUAAUUAUGAACCCUUAAACAGCUGCAUCACUGUUCACAGCGUGUGAAUCAUGAAGAUAUUUUAUGUAAUGUUUCCAAACACCUGUACCCGUAAUAAAAGACAAAAAAAAUUGUGAAGGAUCAAGAUGGCGGUCUCAAAGUUCCCUUGUUCGACCGUUACCAAUGCCAUGUUUAAAUAGAUGCUAAGAUCUCAUUGGUUCCUAAGCGUCAACUCAUAGUACCUUCAACCUUAUUGGUUCUUGCAACAAACAUCUCAACAUACAAAGCCACAAAGAUACAUACGCUCACACCACUGACAUAUGAGCUAUUUUUUCAAAAUAGCUGAAAAAUGUUUCCUUGUGUUUGCUAGAACUAAAAUAAAAUGUCGUUAUCGACAAUACCCCUUUUAUUAAACCAAAUGAACGGUAAAUACUUCCUCGGACAAAGGCAGUCUACCGUAUAAAGUGGCAAUAGAAUCAUCAUGAUUGUUUUUGCGGUCGCAGCGGCAGCUCACUAACUAAAUCGAUAAUAGCAAGUGUUAUAUGCCACGCUACAGACGCGAAAGGUAUGAGUCAAUGCGAGAGGUUGAAGCUGUUGGAAAGUCUCUUCUACGGUUUAUCUUCAGUUUUAUGAUUACGUUGACGUGGCAUAUAUGUUACACAACCCUUUACAACAAAGUCUUUGACGUACUUAAAACAUUUUGGCGCCGUAACAUGACGUAUCCAUAACUUGACGCAUCCUCACAACAUGUUUUCGCGUGUGCGCAUGUUGUAAUUUGGCACCUGCUUUAUGUCUCUGCUGCAUGUCCCUUGUAAGUGUACUGCUCCAGUGAGUUAGUGGCUGUAACACGUCGCUGCAAACUUUCAGAGGUUCCUCGGCGUACUUAAGUUGCGAAGGAAAGGUUAUUUCGGCGUCCGUCCCUCGUGAGGCUACGUCCAAACGAUCCAGAUAUUUUUACUGCCGCAUACCCUUUUUUACACGAAUCGCGAAUCGGCCUUCCUUCCACACGAAACAUGUGAAUCCGGACACCGAAGCCGCAUUGUUUUGAAACCGCUCUCGAGAGCGGUUUAAGGCCCCGCUUACACGAACCCGGAUAAAAAAAUAUGCGGUUUCUAAAAUGUCCAGAUUCGUGUCGAUAUGGCCUGAGUACCCUUGUGUUUAAUCCUCUCUUUUUUUUUUCUUUUUUCCAAACCGAAGAGCAAUCACUUGCUCUGCCUAAUAGUGUUCUAAAGGCCAUUCGGUCUCAAUCGUGUGAUGCAGCGGACGUUGUGGCUCAGAUGGAAGAAAGUGUAGAAAAUCUGCAGUUGAGGCCAGCCGCACUAGUUGAUCCAACGCCGGAGACCAAAGAGUGGAUUCGUUGCCUUGCAAUCACCGCUAAAAAUGAAAACAGGAUGGACAUAGUUACCCACUUGAGGUCCAUUACCCCCGCUGGAACCACCGGUGAGUUGACAGUAGAAAUAAAGGUGGUACGUAGAUCAAGGGACGAAAUGUUUCCAUUAAGUUUGUAGCAUGUUGCGUUCUUUUGAACACCGUUUUGGACGGUGUUAGUUGUUAUUGGGUAUGUCGAGUCAGGUUUAAAUGAGUUCAGGAACCACAUACAACUUCAUCCAACAUUUCUUUUCCUUUGGUAUGCGAUCGUUAGUUGAUUGUACCAGCCUAUAAUAAACCUUGAUUACCCCUGAAAAUUAUCUGCCUUGUCUGCUUAGACAAGACAAGACAAGACAAGACAAUAUCAUUAUUUGCACUCUUAUAGUAAUUCAAAAUAACAGAGUGCCUUAAAUUCAUGUGCCUCUCCAAAAAGCAAACAUUCCCGCCCCUGGACUAAAACGAAAUGUCAGCUUCUUUGGUCUUAAAUAUAAAAUGCUUUACUUAUUAUUCUGCCUUAAAGGUUACGAGUAACCAUUCGUUCCUCUUGACUAAUGACAAGUGCCAAAUGGUAACGUGUGUUUUUGUUCAAUAAACCAGGCCCGUUACUGGCUGAACAUCUUGAUGUACGAUGUAUCCCUUUUAAGCUGAGAAAGGCCUUGACAUUCAAUCUCUGCGGUAAGUGAAAUAGCCCACGUGCGCGUUUAUUAUCUUUGUGUUUGUUACCUGCUAUUUUUCAGUCAUUGGGGACAGUUGCGCAUUGGUGCGUUAAUCCGCUGGACAAGGGUAUCGUGGUCUCUUGAAACGUCAUUGUCGACGCACUUGUCACCUUGGUUCCCCACAAGAUGUGUUGGGAACAUACAAACCCUGCCAAAUGCUCGUUUGAAAUUUGUUAGUAGCAUAUUGAAAUAUGUGAAAAAAUUUGGCAAUUUCGUAAAAUAUUGGGAUGAAUAUUAACUUUAAAAAAGUCAACUGAUCGUGAUAGUACCUUAACUCACUUUCGGUAUUAAAGUUGCUGUUAGAGAAAACGGCGAUUUUUUACGGUUUGGAUGGUCUGAUAUCUACCGUUUAUAUCAGAACGUUAUAUUAAAGUAUUCUAAUUCAGCUCAUGCAAUUAAUUUCAUUUCAGGUGGAGACGAAUGGAAACAACUUGCAGAGAAGCUUGGCAUCUCUUACGACGAAAUCCGCUUUCUCGACGAAAGAACCUUAAACCCUUGCAACGUUGUUCUUGAUCUUGUGGCAAAUUCUCGUCAUUUAAAUGUCGGGGAAGUUUAUUACAUUUUAGUGGAAUGUGACCUUGCGGGAUCAGCAGACUUACUGUAAAACAAAUCCUGUGUAAGAAUUUACAGAUCUCAUUUAUUAGGGACUUAAAGCCCGGUGCUAACAAACGCAGGAUUGUUGGCCGACAACUCCCAACAAUGUUGGGAGUUCUUGCGUCCGUUUGCACGUAGCUAAAAGUUUGACCAGUUUCAAACUUUGCACAACAACUCCCAACAAGACACAACAACAUGCAACAGGGUGUGCAAACGGACGCAACACGUAAGAUCCAUAUAUGGUCGAUCACUUCCUGAAGUUGCUUUAAAAUCAAGCCAGUCUGCUUAUUCCCAAUUAGGUAGUCUGUCCGUGAAAUUGAAAUAAUCAUAACAUUGAAUUUAUUUUUGAAGAAAAAUAGAAUAGCCUCAUAUGUUAAAGAUGUAAAUUGCCAGUGAGGAAAAGAAAGCAUCUUCAUGUACUUAAUACCUUUUUUUAGUCUUCUGUGCAUGUCCGGCGUUUUGAUUUCUGAUCCAACGAUAUGUAACAUUUUCAACAACUCUUUAAGUUCUGGUUUAUUUCCAGAUGUCUGGAAAUGCGCUAGAGUGACUCCAUUGUUUAAACAAGGUGAGCGAACCGAUGUGAAUAAUUAUCGGCCAAUCUCUGUUAUCUCAAUGUUAGCUAAGGUGUUCGAGAGAAUAGUGUAUGAUCAAGUGUAUAGUUUUUUGGCUAAUGAAAAGAUAAUCACCAACCAACAAUCAGGUUUCCGCUCGUUGCACUCGACUGUCACUACUCUCUUAGAAGCGACUGACAGCUGGGCUCUCGAUAUAGAUCGCGGUAAUGUAAAUGCAGUGGUUUUCCUGGACUUAAAAAAAGCUUUUGAUACCGUUGAUCGCGAUGUUCUUAGUUUUAGGUAAACUUAGUCUGUAGGGAAUACAGGAGUCUGCUUACGAUUGGUUUAAGUCGUAUUUAAAUAACCGUACCCAUAAAUGUGUAGUCAAUGGUUCGCUUUCCAAAGUCUGUUCUCUGGGCUGUGGGGUCCCUCAGGGAACUAUCCUUGGUCCUAUCUAUUUUUGAUCUAUAUCAAUGAUUUGCCAAACUGUUUGUCGUUCUGCCAACCUAGGAUGUAUGCAGACGACACCCACAUAACAUAUGCUAGCGCAGACUUACACUCAAUGCAGUCUAGUCUGAAUCGUGAUGUAAGUAACAUCCACAAAUGGCUUCUCUGCAACAAACUUACUCUGAAUUUAACUAAAACCGAGUUUAUGUUAAUUGGUUCUCGACAAAAACUGAAUACAUUAUCUGAAUCCCUUGAACUUUCGAUAGAUAAUAUCCCUAUAAAGCAAGUUUCAACUACUAAAUCACUUGGGAUUCUCACUGAUAAUUUAACAUGAUAUGGCAUAGUCAUAUCGACAAUCUACCCAAAAAGAUUGCCUCCGGCAUUGGCGCCAUAAAGCGAAUUAGACCUUUUGUUUCGCCAGAAAUACUACAUUGAAUUUACAAAGCCACAAAGAUACAUACGCUCACACCACUAACAUAUGAGCUAUUUUUUCAAAAUAGUUCAAAAACGAAAAACCGAUGCAAAGCUAGGUUUUUGUAUUGUUUCAAAGAUUUUUACUUAUCGAAGGGCGACAUCAGAGAUGUAAUAACUGAAUCGCUAAAUAGUUGUUAACGAUGGUUAUCUCGUAGAUGUACAGCAGAUAGAAUUUUGAUAUAGAAAUAGAUAUAAAAUAAAUGGAGAAAUAAAU